AUGGCCGACACGAUGCUAGGGAGCACGGCCGGCGAGCUUCCGGCCAAGAACGUCACCGGCAUGACCGGCCCCGGCGCGGGGGAGGCGGUGGUGUGCUACUCCCAAAUGAUGGUCACCACGUACGGCAUCUGGCAGGGCGUGAGCCCGCUCGAGUUCUCCCUCCCGCUCUUCAUCCUCCAGACGGCCAUCAUCGUCGGCACCACCCGCCUCCUCGUCGUCCUCCUCAAGCCAUUCCGACAGCCCCGCGUCAUCGCUGAGAUCCUCGCCGGCGUGAUCCUGGGGCCGUCGCUGAUGGGGCAGGUGGGGACGUGGGCGGGCACGGUGUUCCCGUUGCGGAGCCUGCUCACCCUCGAGACGGUGGCGCACCUGGGCCUCCUCUACUUCCUCUUCCUCGUCGGCCUCGAGAUGGACGUCAACGUCAUCAGGCGCUCCGGGAAGAAGGCGGUGAUCAUCGCGGUGGCCGGCAUGGCGCUGCCCUUCUGCAUCGGCACCGCCACCUCCUUCAUCUUCCGGCACCAGGUGUCCAAGAACGUGCACCAGGCCUCCUUCCUGCUCUUCCUCGGCGUCGCGCUCUCCGUCACCGCCUUCCCGGUGCUCGCCCGCAUCCUCGCCGAGAUCAAGCUCCUCAACUCCGACCUCGGCAAGAUCGCCAUGUCCGCCGCCAUCGUCAACGACAUGUGCGCCUGGAUCCUGCUCGCGCUCGCCAUCGCCAUCUCCGAGGUGAACAGCACCCCGUUCUCCUCCCUCUGGGUGCUCCUCUCCGGGGUGGCAUUCGUGCUCGCCUGCUUCUACGUCGUGCGCCCGGGCAUGUGGUGGCUCGUGCGCCGCGUGCCAGAGGGCGAGACCAUCAGCGACGUGCAGAUCACGCUCAUACUCACGGGCGUCAUGAUCGCCGGCGUGUGCACCGACGCCAUCGGCAUCCACUCCGUGUUCGGGGCCUUCGUGUACGGGCUGGUGAUACCCAGCGGGGAGCUGGGCGUGGUGCUCAUCGAGAAGAUGGAGGAUUUUGUGACGGGGUUGCUCCUCCCGCUCUUCUUCGCCAUCAGUGGCCUCCGCACCAACUUGACCAGGGUACGCGACCCGACCACCGUGGGGCUCCUCGUGCUCGUCUUCGUCAUGGCCAGCUUCGCCAAGAUCAUGGGCACCAUUCUGAUCGCCAUCUCCUACACCAUGACCUUCCGCGACGGCGUCGCCCUCGGUUUCCUCAUGAACACAAGGGGGCUCGUCGAGAUGAUUGUCCUCAACAUUGGAAGGGACAAACAGGUGUUGGACGAUGAGUCAUUUGCGGUGAUGGUGCUGGUGUCGGUGGCGAUGACGGCGCUGGUGACGCCGGUGGUAACGACGGUGUACCGUCCGGCGCGGCGGCUGGUCGGGUACAAGCGGCGCAACCUGCAGCGUUCGAAGCACGACGCGGAGCUGCGCAUGCUGGCGUGCGUGCACACCACCCGCAACGUGCCGUCCAUCAUCUCCCUCCUCGAGCUCUCCAACCCGACCAAGCGCUCCCCCAUCUUCAUCUACGCGCUCCAUCUCGUGGAGCUCACCGGCCGCGCCUCCAACAUGCUCGCCGCCCACCACACAGCCGGCAACCAGGGCGCCAGCGAACACAUCUUUAACGCCUUCGAGAACUACGAGGAGAGCGUCGGCGGCGUGUCGGUCCAGGCGUUGACGGCGGUGUCGCCGUACCAGACGAUGCACGAGGACGUGUCGGUGCUGGCGGAGGACAAGCAUGUCUCCCUCAUCGUGCUCCCGUUCCACAAGCAGCAGACAGUGGACGGCGGCAUGGAGCCCAUCAACCCCAACCUCAGGGGCUUCAACGAGAGCAUCCUCGCGGCGGCGCCCUGCUCCAUCGGCAUCCUCGUCGACCGGGGCAUCAGCGCCGCCACGGCGCGCAUGGCCAGCGUGCACCACGUCGCGCUUCUCUUCUUCGGCGGGCCCGACGACCGCGAGGGGCUCGCGUACGCGUGGCGGUUGGUCGAGAACCCGGGCGUCUGCCUCACCAUCAUCCGCUUCGUCCCGCCAGGCUACACGCCACCGCCGCCCGCGGCGACGAUGGCGCCGCCUGCCGUGGCCGGCUCCCGCGCCAUCACCAUCGUGCCCGACAUCCCCAGGACCGAGCGGCAGAUGGACGAGGAGUACCUGAACGAGUUCCGGUCGCGCAACGUGGGCAACGAGUCCAUCCUGUACGCGGAGCAGGUGGUGGCCAACAGCGAGGAGACGAUGGCGGCUAUCAGGAACCUGGACCUUGCGCACGAGCUGUACAUCGUCGGCAGGCAACCCGGCGAUGAGAGCUCGCCGCUCACGUCGGCGCUGACCGAGUGGAUGGAGUCGCCGGAGCUGGGGCCCAUCGGGGACCUGCUCGUGUCGUCCGAGUUCUCCAAGAUGGUGUCCGUGCUGGUGAUGCAGCAGUACGUGAUCACCGCGGCGCAGCCGGCGGGAAUGGCGCCCGUGGUGGCCGCGCAGGCCGCGCCGACGAUAGCGGACGACCCCGUGCGGCAGUACCUGACCAAUGCCAACCAGCGGUCACCGAUGAGCGGCGGCGGGCGCGGCGUAUGGGGCGGUGGGUUCUGA